AUGGGGAGUAAGGAUGAUGCUGACCCCACUUUCUGGUGUGGGGUAUGUGAGAAGGACAGGCUCUUCUUAGAGGGCUUCAGCGGUCAAUGUCUAGUCUGGGUCCAGUGUUCCUCCCCAAACUGUGAGAAAUGGAGGCGCCUACGUGGGAACAUUGACCCCUCAGUCCUCCCAGAUAACUGGUCCUGUGACCAGAAUACAGAUUUGGAGUAUAAUCACUGUGAUAUCCCUGAGGAGACCUGGACAGGGCAUGAGAGUGAAGUGGCCUAUGCCUCCUACAUCCCAGGAUCCAUCAUCUGGGCCAAGCAAUACGGUUACCCCUGGUGGCCAGGCAUGGUAGAAUCUGAUCCUGACCUGGGGGAAUAUUUUCUUUUUGCAUCUCAUCUUGAUUCCCUGCCAUCCAAGUACCAUGUGACAUUUUUUGGAGAAACAGUCUCUCGUGCUUGGAUCCCAGUCAACAUGCUAAGGAACUUCCAGGAGCUAUCCCUGGAGUUAGCUGGAGUGAAAAAGGGCAGGAAUAAGGACUGCAGCCAGAAACUGGGGGCAGCCCUGAUGAUGGCUCAAGAGGCAGAGCAGAUCAGUAUUCAGGAGCGGGUUAACCUGUUUGGUUUCUGGAGCCGAUAUGGUGGAUCUGACAACAGUGGGGAAGGAAAAGACGUAAUGCUCUCUGGGGCUAACAGCUUAGAUUCCUGCUUGGAGAAAGAAGAGGAAGAGUCAGAGUUGGAGGAAGAGGAGGAAGAGCAACAGAAAAAAGAUCCAACUUUGCCUGGUCCCAAGCCAGCCAAAAUUCAGACAAAAAAACCCAAGGCAAGAGGGGUUGGAGGUGAUGCAGGUGGAGCACAUGGACGAGAUGGGACCCCUCAAAGGAGGACAAUGAAGAGAUCUCUGGGAAAUGAAUCUGCAGCUCCACCUUUACCCAUAAUGGGAAGGAAAAAAGGGCAUGGGAAUUCAGAAACUGAGCAGCCAGGCCCUAAGAAAAAAUUUAAAGCUCCCCAAAGCAAGGCCCCAGUAAGCAGAUCAUCUGAGGAAAAAGAAGCUAGAAUAGUGCCAGAGGUCCUGACCCCACCAGCUCCUCCCGGGGCCUGUCCCAUGGUGGGGAAAGAAGGGCCUGCACCCCAGGAGCCACGGCCUCAGGAGGCUGGAAGUGUCCUCUCUGACGAUGGAGCCUCCAGUGACCUGGACCUGGACCAACUCAUGGAGGAUGUUGGAGAAGAGCUGGAGCAGAGGGAGGAGCCAUGGCACAGAGACGGCGCAGGGGAGCUCGCCGUGGCCUUCUGUGAGGAAUAGCUGUGGGCCCGCACCUCCUUCCUGCCCUCUCAUCCCUUCUGUGGGAGCAGGAGGCAGAGCCUCUCAGAGGAUCCCCGAGAAGCUGAUAAAUGUUGGGUUGUUCAUUGGCUGUGAGGUUGUUGGCUAAGGUCAGAGUUGUGCAGUUUAUGUUAAUAAACCAGGUUACUGGUUUAGUUGGUUUGGUUCGUCUCAACCACUUGCUUUCUUUUGGCUU